GUGAACAUACUAUGACGCAAAUCGUUCGGCCUUUCGCGACGUGUGAAGCAAAAUUGCAGGCACUGAAUAAAAAACUUUUUUGGUUAUCUGCUUGUUGCAAAACUUCGUGUCACAGGCUCAAGCGAAGUAAUGUGAACCAGGCUCAAGACAAUGACAGCCUACUUACUGGUCUCUGAGGAGGGAUUUGGUAGACACAAAUCUGUGUUGAGGUGUGGAUGUCUAGUCUAGUGACACUGAACUCCUUGAAGACAGACAAUGCUCUCUUCUUCCUCAACGUCUCCACCACUGAGACAGGUCGUAGCUGCUGGCAUAUCGUCUCCUGAACUUCUCCACGUCCUCCAGUGUUGCAGUUUGGGGCCAGUCAAACUUGACUACCAUCUUCCUGAAGCCAGGUGGAGGAUCUUCAUCGAGUGGCCGAGGGUCAGCCUCACAGAACAGAACCAAUGUCGUACGCUUUUUAAACUCUUCCAGAUCCUUAUUGUAGGCGGUCAUUUCACUAGCACUCGUGUUGAAAGCCUUAUGUUUCUUAGUCAGUUCUCCGAUCAGGUGGUCGAGCAGAUCAGGUGCGAGGUAGUUCCAGUAGAAGUUGAGGGAUCCAAACAGCUCAAGAUGGUCUUCGCACUGCCGAAGAGCCUUGUGAUUCUCUUUGAGAAAUAGUCGAUGUUCGUGUGUCCGAAUGUUGGUGAGAAUGUAGACAACCGUUAGGACGGCAACACCGAUCUUCUGUAGGCCUUGGAUUGCAAGGUCCUUUAGAGUGUUGAACCUCUCGUG